AUGGAUAUUUGGAAUAUUGACGAGACCGGUGUGCAAACAGUUCAAAGGCCAAACAAAAUCGUAGCUCAGAAAGGAGUACGCCAAGUAGGGAAAGCUACGUCAGCAGAAAGGGGGCAGACUGUCACUAUGGUAUUGGCUGUCAGUGCCAUCGGCAACUCAGUUUCUCCAAUGUUCGUAUUCCCAAGAGUAUUCUUCAAGGAUCACUUCAUCAUUAACGGGCCACCAGGAUGUAUUGGAACUUCCUACCCAUCCGGAUGGAUCACAUCUGAAUCGUUUUUGACGUUCAUUAAACAUUUUCACGGCCACGUAAGAUCUAGCAAGGGCAAUCCCUGCUUGUUGGUUUUGGAUAACCAUGAAUCACACUUAUCUAUUGAAGUGCUCAACUUCUGCAAAGAAAAUGGUAUCGUCAUGUUGUCUUUUCCCCCCACACUUCCCAUUGCCUGCAACCGCUUGACAGGUCAGUUUAUGGGCCUUUCAAAAGAUUUUACUUCGCUUCAGUCGACGACUGGAUGGUCAACAAUGCAGGGAAAACUGUAA